AUGAAAGCUAUCACUGGAGAUAUCCCCCGAGGGGGUGCAUUUGGCAAGUCUUUUAACAGCCGUGACCAGAACGCCAAAACGGAACGACGCAGGCUGCAGAACAGACGAAAUGCACGGGCUUGGAGACACCGCCAACGGAUGAUAAGAGACUCCGAAGAGUCAGCGCAAAGAGAGGGCUGGGAGAAAGCUCAACUCACAGCUGAGAAAGAUUUCGUUGGAUCAAUACAAACUCCCACCCUGGAUUUCACCGAAUUAAUCAAGAUCUCCCGGGAGCAAAGUGAAAAUAACGGAAAAGUAUUUAGGCAAUGUCACUUGUCUCACCCGGAUCUCUAUCAUCUUUUGACGCUCUUCGAAUCUGCAGCCUAUCGAAGCUACUGUGGGAAUCCCCAGGUCGAUCACCGCUUAACGUUAGUCAGGCUCAACGUGUUUCGAGCCUUUGUGAGGAACAUGACAGCCCUUGGAUAUACCCGAGAAUGGAUGACCGAUGACUCUCCCUCGCGCUUUAGUGUCAUGGGGCCCCAUCCGGAGUUCCAGAAUGCGGUGGCUAUUCCAGCCAGUUUACAACCUACGAUAUUACAACGGAAGCAGCCUCACCAUCCGUGGCUGGACUUCUUUCCCUUUGCGCGCCUCCGCGAUAACCUAAUACGGCAUGCAGAUCUCAUGGACAAUUCUCAACUUUGCCGAGACUUGAUGGGAUUUUGGACUAUGCCGGACGAAGAAAAUUGUAUGAUUGUCUGGGGCGAUCCCUGGGAUCCGAUGAACUGGGAGAUCACCGAGACAUUUCUACACAGGUGGGGUUGGCUGGUGAAGGGUUGCCCGGAGAUCAUCUGGUCCACCAACUUUUGGCGCCGGGUCAGAGGAGAGAAGCGGUUGGCUUACAGAGUCUCCUUUGACGAGAAGUGUGGAUCUGCUACCCAACCUUAG